CAGGAGUCCAGAGAGGGACCAGCGGUGCUCACGCGCGCUCAGGGGGCGGGGGUAGCGCCGCCCACCCCGGAGGAUCAUGCUGCGAGGCAAGUCCCGGCUCAACGUGGAGCAGGUGGGCUACAGUCCCGGCCAGCUCCUGGAGCGGAGACAGCUCCUGGCAGGGCGCACUCCUCGGAGCCCCGGCCGAAAUGAAAGUUCAUUAGCAUCUACCCUGAAGACGCUCCUGUUCUUCACAGCUUUAAUGAUCACUGUACCUAUUGGGUUGUAUUUCACGACUAAGUCUUAUGUUUUUGAAGGCGCCUUUGGGAUGUCCAAUAGGGACAGCUAUUUUUAUGCUGCUAUUGUUGCGGUGGUCGCCGUCCACGUGGUCUUGGCCCUCUUUGUUUAUGUGGCCUGGAAUGAAGGCUCACGACAGUGGCGUGAAGGCAAACAGGAUUAAAUUGGACAUCACCUUUCGAUAGCAUUAAAUUGGCUUUUAAAAAUGAGCAAGAACACACAGCUGAACAUGUUUGCAAGUGGGGAAGGGGCAGAGAGGGAGAGAGAAUACCAAGCAGGCUCCAAGCUCAGGGCUCCAUCCCACCACCCAGAGAUCAUGACCUCCGCUGAAAUCAAGAGUUGGACGCUCAACCGACUGCGCCAUCCGGGCGCCCUACACGAAUCUUUCUUAUUCAGAGCUGUUCUAUCCCACAUAUGUAUAGUUGGAUCACCGUGAGGUCGUAUCUGAUAGAAAAAGACUCUGUGGUUUUAUUUCACUAUCCUUAGUGUGUUCUUUCUAGCUACUUACUACAGUCUAAAACACAACUGGAAAAACGCAUAGAGAAACAGAGAAUUUAAAUUCCCUGUGAUGUUACCAUCUGGAAAUAACCCACUGUUUUGCUUUAGACCCUGUGUGCAUUUCCUAAUGCUAGUUCAGUACUCCGAACGUUUGGUUUAAGUUUAAAUUCUGCCUGUGUUACCUGACGGCUAUUUGCAUUUUUCCAGAUGAAUGAUUAUUGGCCAUUUCCUUAAAAAAAGUACAUUCUACCUUUACCUUUUUACUAGAUUUCUCAUUGUUUAAAUUUCCUGUUACUUGUAAUUCGUAAUACAAUGGCCCUUACUGUUUUGACAUUACUGAUUUGUCCACCCUUAUUUUUGAUGUGGAACUGGACUAAAGGAAUAGGGAAAUGGUUAGGCAUUAAAGCUAAAUAGGCAUUUGUAUUUAAUUGUUGAGAAAAAGGAUUAUUGUAGGACAUUUUUUAUUGCUUAUAGUUAAAUAUUGUCUACACUUUAAUUGUCUUUAAGCAGUUACUCUAAAUGUAAAGUGUUUUAAAGACUGCAUUUUUAGUGUAAAAUUGUACACAUUUAAUAUAAAAUUGUAGAAUGCCCCAGUUUGAGUCUGGGGUACUAUGUGGUAGAUUUCUAAAUGCUCAUCCCUUCUUUAGUCAUACUUAGAAUUAUUGUCCACUUAGUUCCUUUUCUAUAAACCAAGGUUUUGUACUUUUGGGAUCUUAUGCUAUUUGUAAAAUAUUAAUGCCCAAUAUUAGAUUAUUUUGUUUUCAGACAUUUGCUGGGUAUAAAAUGAUAUGGAUGUUCUUCUGCAAGUAUUUAAUCCUGGAAUUCAUGCAAAAGCAGUUGUAAUUUUCUCUUGGGAAAAGUACCAAGUGUUUGGAAAUUAGAAUUGGAUCCUAGGGUUGAUAUUUAGGAUUGUUACAAUAUAGACUUGUUUUCAAACCAGUUGAGUUUUUCCUAGAGUUUUAACUAUUAACUCAUUACUUUGCUGCUCUUGAAAUAACAUGGUAUUUGACAUACAGAUUUAUUUUUCAAGAUGUCUCAUGGAUUUCCUGUUGCACAAUGUACAUAUUUCAGGAUGUAUAGAAAGGAAAGCUACAAUUGAGCCCUUAUAAAUAUUUUAAGAUAGGAAUAUGUUCACUGUUGUUUGAAGAUGGAUUAUAAGAGUAACCUCAAUUAGGAAGCAUAACUUAAAGUGUUAGCACAAACUACUGAUAAACACAUUAUCUUCCUCACCUUGCCUCCGAUUUUGCCCCCUCCCCGAAUAUAAUCAUUCCUUCCCAUUGCUAACAAAUGAAAUGUGUUGUAGAAUGUAUCUGAUGUUAUUCGCUCUUAAGUGGAUAGGUAACAUUUUACAUGUAACAGCAGAAUUCAGUUUUGAGUUGUUACUGAAGGAAUUUAAGCAUCCAUUAAAAAAGACCUCCUGUUUCAUGGAAACCUAACAAAUACAUUGUAAUAAUACUAUUUUUAUCAUAAAAAUCUUAGCACCCUUGCCAAAAGAGGCAACUGAUUGAUGUGUUUGAUGUUUAUUUGCCAUUUACAUAUGAAUUUUAUAUAUACGUCUGAGUACCCAAGGAGACCAGUAGAAACAGUUAAAUAAGAUGUUCCCAAGGAAAGAUGAUAGCCAAUGGUACAUGAUACAAAGGAUUUAAAUCCUGAUUUAAAAAUUGUGUGUGUAUUUCUCAUCUCUCGACAACUUCGUGUUUAUUGUUUUAUUUAUGACCCAGUGAAGUUGUAGAGCAUUGUUGGACCCAGUUUAUAAAUGGUUCAGCAAUGCUCCAGAAUUUGUCACUUGUCUUCCUUAGGUCAGCAAUCUGUGUCCUCCAACAGAGAAGUAUGACUUUAUUCAGACUGUACUCUUACAUUUAAGAUAGUUCUGCUAGAGCUGGGCUGAAGCAACACAUGAAUAACUUGACAAGAUUUCUUCUUUUUUCAGAGGGAAAGGGUAACCUGAGAAAAUAAAUUCUUUUCAGGGACUUUGGGAACUGAGUGGUAACUUACAUGUAAUGAAUGAAUAGUUGAAUCUUUUAUAUAUUCAUUAAAAUAGUUUGGAACUCCUCAACUUAUCAUCACUCCUGGCCACAUUUUUCUUUCCUGUCUCAUUGGUACAUAUACUCGAGUAGUAUCUGCAUUCUUUUUUAACAUGUUCUUAUUUGUCAGUCACAGAGACUUGUCUUCCUUUUUUUCAAGUUCAGUGAAAUCUCACUGAACGGUAAAAAUAGCAAUAGCUAACAACAUCUGCACAGCACCUUACAGUUUGCAAAGAACGUUCACAUAUUCCUGUUUGAGUUUAGCAUAGUGAUCCUGGUACAAGAUACCUCUUCACAUUCUUGCCGAAGAUGUUAGAAUCUUUUAACUCAGUAGAGUCAUUGAAUAUGCUGUAGUCUUUGAAUAGUGCCCUGACUAGGGGCAGGGUUUACAUGCACUAUUUUGAAAGGUGUGUCAUUAUUGAAAUGGGUGGCUUGAGUUCUUUAGCCACGUGGAUCAGAUUUACUUUUGUAAGUGAUACUUUUCUAACUGCUACCUGGGUGGAUUUUGUAUCCGUUAUAUUCCAGCCUGUAAUUUGUAUAAAUUUACCAUCUGUUGUCAUUAAAAAAGUGUUUGUAAUGCCA